UGUUGAUCCUUUGUUGCAUGAGGUUAGAUUGUUAGAUGCUGGGCCGGGCAACAAAUUGACUGGUGUGCUAAGCAGACGUUUAUUGACGGUUUUAGGCUUAUUUAUAUUUCACAAAGUCAACAAUGUCGGAAAGUCAAGGAUCACCUAGGUCGAUGGCAGAGCCGAGGAGCCAGGGUGGCUACCUCACCUCACCGCCGAGGGAACUCGAAGAGCCUUUUGAAGACGAAUCAGAGCUGAUCGGUGGAGAUAGUAUACGCAUUGAAGAGGAAGAUGGCGAAGAGCUCUUCGGCGACAAUCUAGAAGCGGACUACCGCCCUAAUCCGCUACUCGAUCGUUACGACGAUCGUGAUCUGGACGAUGAUGAAAUUGACGACAUGUCGCAAGGGGAUCGAGCUGCUGCUGAGCGUUUCAUGGCAGAGAGAGAUGUCGCCGAAGGUCGCAGGAGGGGUGACAUAGACCUUCUUUACGAGGCUAGCGAUGACGAAGAAGGACCAUUGAGGAAGAAGAAGAAAAGAAUGGCUGAAGCUGCUGCUGAAGGGGAAGUCGAUGAGGAACAGAUGAUAGAGUCGAUUGAGAAUUUGGAAGACACCAAGGGCCACACGAUCAAAGAAUGGGUCACGAUGCUCGGCCCAAGGACAGAAAUAGCCAACAGAUUCAGGAGUUUCCUUCGAAAUACCGUCAACUCUCGUGGUGUCGAAAUCUACAAGGAAAAGAUCAGAAACAUGUGCGAGCACAAUUAUUCGAGCUUCGAGGUUGAAUUUUCAACAUUGGCCAGCAAAGAGAACGUCCUCGCGUUCUUCCUUCCCGAGGCACCGAUCGAAAUGCUGCAGAUAUUCGAUGAGGUCGCUAAAGCGUUUGUGCUCAACAUCUACCCGACUUAUGAGAGGGUUACAAAUGAAAUCCACGUUAGGAUUUCCGAACUGCCGCUUGUUGAAGAAUUGAGGACAUUCAGGCGACUUCAUUUAAACCAACUGGUAAGGACGAGUGGUGUCGUGACCGCCUCGACUGGAGUUCUUCCCCAAUUAUCAUUGGUGAAGUACGACUGCGGUAAAUGUGGCUACAUAAUGGGCCCUUUCACACAAUCACAGAACAAUGAAGUCAAACCAGGCUCAUGCCCUGAAUGCCAAUCAGUCGGACCGUUUAGUGUGAAUAUGGAACAAACAGUUUAUAGGAAUUUCCAGAAGGUGACACUACAGGAAUCACCUGGAAAAAUCCCAGCCGGAAGGAUCCCACGUAGCAAAGAUUGUAUAAUGCUCGGUGAUCUCUGCGAACGGUGCAAGCCUGGCGAUGAGAUCGACGUGACUGGCAUUUAUACAAAUACUUUCGAAGGGUCUUUAAAUACAGAGCAGGGCUUUCCCGUUUUUGCCACUGUAAUUAUUGCCAACCAUUUGAUCGUUAAAGAUUCAAAGCAGAUCGUCGAUUCUCUGACCGACGAAGACAUCGCGGCCAUUUUAAAGCUCUCUAAAGACCAUCAUAUCGGAGAAAGAAUUGUGAAUAGCAUGGCCCCGUCAAUAUACGGGCAUGAGUACAUCAAACGUGGCCUCGCGCUCGCCCUGUUCGGUGGCCAAUCAAAAAAUCCAGGCGAGAAACACAAAGUCAGAGGUGAUCUCAACGUACUUCUAUGUGGAGAUCCAGGAACGGCUAAGUCCCAGUUUCUUAAAUUUGUUGAGAAGAUCGCUCCCAGAUCUGUGUUUACAACAGGACAAGGUGCCAGCGCUGUAGGUCUGACGGCUUAUGUACGAAGAAGUCCUGUUACUCAUGAAUGGACUUUAGAAGCAGGAGCGCUUGUACUCGCUGACCAAGGAAUCUGCCUUAUUGAUGAGUUCGAUAAGAUGAACGACCAUGAUAGAACAUCUAUUCAUGAAGCCAUGGAACAGCAGAGUAUUUCAAUUUCAAAAGCAGGAAUUGUGACAUCCUUGCAGGCAAGAUGCUCAGUUAUUGCAGCUGCAAAUCCCAUUGGAGGAAGAUAUGAUCCGACUUUAACUUUUUCUGAAAACGUUAAUUUGUCUGAGCCGAUCAUGUCGCGUUUUGAUGUGUUGUGUGUGGUUAAAGAUGAGGCGGACCCGCUUGCUGAUGAACAGCUGGCAAAAUUCGUCGUCGGGUCACACAUCCGUCAUCACCCAGCGGCCACCGGCACAACAGAGACUAUGACAGCCGCCGACAACAUACCGCAAGAGAUGCUUAAAAAGUACAUAAUCUACGCCCGGCAGAAUAUCCAUCCUCGUCUUCACAAUAUAGACAAGGACAAAAUUGCCAAGCUUUACAGCCAACUCAGGCAGGAAUCGAUGGCCACUGCCAGCCUCCCGAUCACAGUUCGUCACAUCGAAAGCAUGAUAAGGAUGGCGGAAGCUCAUGCAAAGAUGCAUCUAAGGGAUGUUGUACAAGAAGACGAUGUCAACAUGGCAGUCAGGAUGGUGUUGGAAAGUUUCGUCGAAACUCAAAAAUACAGUGUAAUGAACAAUAUGAAAAGAACGUUCCAAAAGUAUCUGUUGUACAAAAAAGACACAACAGAUCUCCUUUAUUAUAUUCUCAAGCAAAUGGCUUUGGACCAAUUGGCCUACAUCAGAGGAAUCCAUGGAUUCGACGUCGACCAGAUCGAAAUCCAUGAAAAAGAUUUCAUCGAUAAGGCUAAACAAAUCAAAAUAUUCGACGUCAGGCCGUUCUACGAGAGUAAGAUUUUCGAAGCGAAUCACUUUCAAUAUAAUGCAAAGAAGAAAGUGAUAGUGCAGAAAUUGGAAAACCAAAGGUACGGGUGAUUACCCGAUGAAAAACAGCCGGACAAAGCACCUCAAACAAAUUUAUACAGUAAUAAUUUUAAAGAAAAAUUGAAACUUUUUUUAAGCUUUAAUCUCACAAUUUUCCCUGCUGAUUUUUUCCUGUAUUGUAAAUAAAUCUGUUUAGUAUUA